AUGCGCUGGGUCGCCAGAGGCCAUGGGGACCAAUGCCAGGUUUCUGGGAGGUGGCUCCCAGAAGGCAGCCAAGAAUGUGGGUGCAAAGGUCAAGGUCAGAAAAAAAAAAAUGAACACAGAAGGCACCACAGGAAGUCCAACCUGCAUUCCAGAAUCUGUGAACAAUUUCUCAAGUGAUGUCAACUAGCCAGUCUUGCUCUAUCUGCCCUAACUAGCCAGUCUGCUCUAUCUGCCCUGUACAGUUCCCAGAGCCUGCUUUCCCCAUUAGCCACUCUCCAUCCUGAGGCAGCCCCUCAGAGCAGAGCGUCUUCCUCAGCCUCAUGUUGA